ACCCAACCGCGUUGUGACUUGUGGGCCCACCGUCCCCACCACCCGAGAGAGCUCCAGGUUUUCCCUCCCUUCUCCCACGCCGCAGCCCGGACGGCAGCGAUCGGUAGCAGCACGCGCCACCGGGACGCCGCACCGGAGCAGCGAGAAAGAGCGAGAGGGAUGGGGGACAACGAGGCGCGGGGGGACGAUUUCGAGAAGAAGGCCGAUCAGAAGCUCUCGGGCUGGAGCUUCUUCGGCAACAAGUACGAGGAUGCCGCCGACCACCUCGACAAGGCCGGCAACUUCUUCAAGCUCGCCAAGAACUGGAGAAGAGCAGCUGCAGUAUACAAAAGGAUUGCAGAUUGUCAUUUGCAGGGAGAUAGCAAGCAUGAGGCUGCCUCUGCUUAUGUUGAGGCUGCAAACUGCUACAAAAAGUUCUCACCACAAGAUGCUGCACAAGUACUUAACAAUGCCGUCAAUCUUUUCUUGGAAAUUGGAAGACUGAACAUGGCUGCAAGAUACAGCAAGGAUAUCGGUGAAAUCUAUCAGCAGGAACAAGAUUUAGAGAAUGCUGCAGUCUACCUGAGUCGGGCUGCUGAUCUUUUUGACAGUGAGGGACAAUCAUCUCAGGCAAAUAGCAUGACACAGAAAAUUGCAGAAAUAUAUGCUCAGCUGGAAAAGUACCAGAAGGCAACCGAGCUCUUUGAAGAAAUUGGUCGUAAAUCAAUAAACAAUAACCUUCUCAAGUACAGUGUCCGAGGAAUUCUACUUAAUGCAGGCAUUUGCCAACUAUGUAGAGGUGAUCCUGUUGCUAUAAAUAAUUCAUUGGAGCGCUAUCAGGACAUUGACCCAACCUUCUCAGGGACGCGCGAAUACAAGCUUUUGGCGGAUCUUGCAGCCUCUAUAGAUGAAGGAGACGUUGCCAAGUUUACUGACGCCGUAAAGGAGUUUGACAGCAUGACACGCCUGGAUCCUUGGAAAACAACUCUCCUUCUGAAGGUAAAGAACGAGCUAAAGAAAAAGGAGGAAGAAGACGAGGAUGAUCUAACCUAGGCUUUGCUCUACAAGAAGGUGACAGCAUCGCCGAUGCCGCCACCUGCCAAGUCCUCACCCGGGAUUACUGGUACCUGACAGUGGUAUAGAUGCACUAAACUUCAUGGAUGCUUGUGCUGUGGCCUGUGGAGGAGAGAGUUCAGAAUUUGCGUCAACCUGAGUAACUAACAUGUGGGUCAGGGUCAAAUUCUGAAAGGCUUGCGAAUUAAGACCCAAUUUCUAAAAUUUCUCCGCAGUGGACGCCUCUGUUUGGACCACCAUAUAUGGUUACUACCCAAUUCGCUGUCGCAUUACAACUCGACUCAGUAGCUCUUAGCCUCUUCUCUUACUGGGGUCGUGCUAUAUGUAUGCUCAUUAAUUAUUUCGUCCACUGCUGUUCAUGGUUACUGUCUGUUAUGUGCGUUCUGCUUCAGACUUUCUAGUAUAAAUGUACUAAAAUAAUAGGAAGGAGUUUGGAAUUGUUUUAAAUGUCCGGGUGCUGUUUGGACGUUGAA